AGGUUGCAGCUGUGCUCGGUUGCUAAGCAGCGCACAGAGAACGAAGAGGAAAAGUAUUUUCACCAUCCGGACGGAUUAUUAACUGUUACUCUCAGUUUUUAUGAAGUAAUUUAACACAUUUAGCUUAAUGCGUUAGCAACAACGUUGGGAUAGGGUCUGUUUCAUACUAUUAACUGCCAGUAAUUGGACGGAAAUGGGUCGGUUUAAGUGUCGACUCAGUCAUAACAGUGGACUGCCUAACAAACGAGAUACACCUUUGAAAACAGCACUGAGAAGACGGGACAAGUGCAGGAGACUUCUGCCCAACAAGCAUUAUGAAGCAUUUCCAGAGGAAUCUGAGGUGGAGGAAAUUAAUAUCAUCACUGGCAGCUCAACCAACCCAGUUUUGACUAGCAUUAAGCCUGCCCAAUGCAAUUCUGUGUUAUGCUCGGGCAGCCCUGCAUUUGCUGAAAACCCCAGAGGAAAAGCUUUUUCGUCUCCUGCACCAGCUAAUAAAAAAUCGGGUUGCCAAAUGUCACUAGCAGGUCACCCAACUAUUCAGAUCACUCCUGAUGCAGAGGUUUUUAAAGGUGGUGAAAUGGCAGUUACAGAAGAGCCAAGCUUUGCAACUUCGCAAAGCAUCACAUCUUCUAGCAUGGAGUCAGACACAACUUUCAGCUCUGAUGAUGAUGAUGAUGAUGAGGAAGACUGUUACUCCUCUGCCUCUUCAGCUUCCAGCAGUCUUCCAUCCCCGGAAAUCUUUAGAAAAGAUGACUAUGUGGAAACACUGACAUUCCCCGUUAAGGAGGAGCUGCUGGGUCCCUAUCUUCACAUAAAAAACUCCACCCUGCUGGAUGUGAGCCACGCUGAGAGCAUCCACAUGCAUCACCUCCCCAACCUUUCUAAUAUCGAUGCCUCUGCUAUUCCUGCUGAAAACAACUGUGAAAUCAACCCACACAGGGGACCAGAAGCUGAGACAGACAAAGCCUUCAAGUUGAAAACGCCACCAGAACUCGCCAACAGAAGGCCCAUUUUGUAUAAGAAGAAGGUAUGGUUCAAAAGCCCCAUGAUUGCAGAUAUCUUUGAAGUGAAACACACCCCAGCCACCAGAUUAACAAUUCACAAUGCCAGUGAGGCAGUCCAAGCGUCUGAGCAGGGGAGACCUGAGGCAGACACAUCCAGAGCAGGUGAGAUCAAUUCCAAAGAAGAGGCAUUACGACUGACGGUGAGGCUGAAAAGGCCUGUAAAAAGCAGCCCAGGAAAAGCCAAGUUCUUUGACUUUAGUGACAACAGUGACAGGGAUGCAUUCUUUCAGGGGAUGAGAGAAAGGUGUGAUAAACUCAUAGGUGCUCCUCCAUUUCCUCUUGCAUCUGCUAAGUGCACAGAACCUUCUGUCCUGUGACAUCUAAGGCCAAAAUAUUGUAUGCAAAGAUUUGAGCUUUCUCCCAUAAUCUAGUUUGAAGAGGUUUGUGUAUGAAAUAUCCUGUAUAGGAGUUUUCUGUGUGUACUUCAAAACAAGAUGUCAAGACUUGUAAAAUAUGUUUGAGUCUUGUCUAAAUGUCUAAAAUGUAAAAUUGCAAGUGUGUUAUGUUAUUUAAGUGUAAUAAUAUUUCUAAUGGAUGCCACUCCCUGCAAUGAAAGUAGGUGCCUGCGGACUAUAAAUGCAACUUACAUUGCUUCUUAAGCUGGCCCUUAUUUUUAUAACACAGCCCGCUGCAUGAAUGUGAUGCAUGUGCUUUUUUGCCACAUAAUUGGUUCUUUGAAUACAUUUUUUAUGAACAUGCACUUUUCAAUGUACUAUUUUCACUCAUAUUUAAGCACCCAAACCAUCUCCUGAUUUUCUUUAUUUUGGAUAAAUGUUAUGAAACAAGUAUCUGUUGCAAAAUGACCACUAGAUGUCAGACCUGUAUUUUAUUAAAUGGCCAUCUUUUCUCUUCUCCUGACAAAGAUUAUUUUCCAGUUUUAUAUGUGAACUAUAUAUGUUUGUCUUUCUUCAUGUGUGUUUUAUUAACUGUUUUUUGUUUUGUUUUGUUUUUUUACACGUGUCAGUACCUUUAAGAGUGUAAUCUAAAUGUUUAAUGUAAAGUUAAAAUGUCAAUUUAUUGUAGUUUUUUUUGUUGUAUUCUGUGAAUCUCUUCAUCUUUUCUGCAAAUGUUUCUGAGUCAGAAAAA